AUGAAUAAAAAGAAUGAAGCUGAUGUAAAAUCAACCAAAAUAAAAGAUUUUGUAGGGACCAAUAUUGCAGAAGAGCCCACAGCAGCAUUGUCCUAUGGAAAUAACUGGGACAUUGUAGUAAAGGAAGCAGAAACUACUAUCUUAUGUACUGAAGGCCAGAAAAACAUCAGUUUUUAUGAAACAAAAGCUGCUUCACAUCCAAAUUUUAAACAAGUAAAUUUUCCAGUUCAAUCAUUGAUUAACACAUGGACUGUCGACCAGGUGAAUCCAGCAUUUCUGUUUAAAUAUGAUCGGGAGGACAGCCUGUCAGAUGGACUGCUUCAUUGUCUGACACCAGCAUUAUGGUCAGAGGAAAAGCAUACAAUACAAAUAGCCACACAUGUCCAGCAAACGGAACGCAGUAGUCAUAAAGACAAUGAGUCUGAAAAACCUUCCCUGAGUGCUGAAUAUACAGUUACAAAACUAUUGAAGACUUCCAGUAGACCUAACAGCUCACUCUGCAAUAGUGGGAAGUCUGAAUGUAGUUCCAGUGGUGAGGAUGUCAUUAUAUGGACUAAAGGCAAUAUAAUGGGGAAAGGAGCCUAUGGUACAGUAUAUUGUGGUCUAACCAGUCAAGGUCAAUUAAUCGCUGUUAAACAGAUUGGCUUGGAUCCAACAAAUCAAACUGCAGCAGAAAAGGAAUAUCAAAAACUGGAGGAGGAAAUUGAGCUACUUAAAGAUCUAAAUCAUGUCAACAUUGUGCGUUUCCUGGGUACAAACCUAGAGGCCAAUGUUGUCAGUAUAUUCAUGGAGUUUGUUCCUGGAGGAUCCAUAGCAAGUAUUUUAAGUUGUUUUGGACCAUUAUCAGAGCCUGUGUUUUGCGGAUAUACUAAACAAAUUUUAAAAGGAGUGGAUUAUUUACAUGAUAACAAUGUAAUUCACAGGGAUAUUAAAGGAAACAAUGUCAUGCUUAUGCCUAAUGGUGUGAUAAAGCUCAUCGAUUUUGGAUGCGCUAAGUGUAUGGCAUGUGUAAAUAUGAAUGACACGCAGACUGAAAUGUUAAAAUCAAUGCAUGGAACAGCUUACUGGAUGGCACCUGAAGUGAUUAAUCAGACUGGACAUGGCAGAAAAUCGGAUAUUUGGAGUAUAGGCUGCACUGUGUUUGAAAUGGCAUCUGGGAAACCACCUUUGGGCCACAUGGACAAGAUGGCAGCCAUGUUUUACAUUGGAGCACAUCGAGGACCGAUGCCCACUCUUCAUGAUCAGUUUUCUGAGAACGCUCAAGAUUUUGUACAAAUUUGUUUGACAAGGUGA